AUGGAGGGGUUCCCAUUCGCAGCUCCCGUUCUAGGCCAAGUUCACAUCGCAUUUGUGAGCGAAUAUUCGUCCACGGGUGCCUCAACCGUUAUCCUCAUUCCUCUCCGCUAUUCACUUUCCGACAAAGAAAGAGUAGAUAGUCUCAGUAGAGACAUGCAUCGAGAGCCUCGGGUGCGACAUUCGGCCCUCCUUGCUGCUACUGUUGCUUCGUCUGCCUGGAAUGCUUUCGUGUGGCUUGACUUGCUUGACUCGGCGUCCUAUCCACCUACGCUCCAGUUCUCCUCCCAGCGCCGGCAUCAGCUCCGUCUCUAA